CUUUGCCACUGGGCAGAGAUGAAUAUGGUGAUGGAUGAGUGUAGCUGCCUAAAAACAAUUGUGAGUAAUCCCACUAGUUUCUCUUAAAUUUUCAAACUCAGUUAACCUUCUUAUUAUCAGUCUUAGCUGUUGCACAAAAUUUGCAGAUGAACUUAUUAUUAAUCAAAUGAACACCCAAACCCACAUACAUUCAACCUUCUUCACAAUCUCUCAUGAUCACCAGCCUCUCAACCUCAUGUCAUCCUUUCUGUAUCAUCCGUCGGCUUUUCUCGACCCACCGCAAAAAUCUCUCAAGAAACAUACCUCCAUACGAAAACCCAGAUCGAUCUUACAUGGAAUUAUCUCAGAAGUUCUACGAAUCGAUGAAAACAUGCGCAAACGUUCAAUCCCGACCCUUGGCUCGAGCACUUCAUUGUCAACUUAUCACAACAGGAUUAGACGUUUCGACUUUUGUUCGGAACAAUUUAAUCAACAUGUAUUCCGGAUGUGGGUUGAUCGAUGAUGCGUCAUUGGUGUUUAAUGAGAUCGAGUUGAAAAACGUGUUUAGUUGGAACACGAUGAUUGAAGGGUUCAUGUGUUCAGGGCGGGUUUUGGAUGCAGAGAAGGUGUUCGAUGAAAUGCCUCAGAGGGAUGUUGUGUCGUGGAACUCGAUGAUGUCGGGUUAUUUUCGUAACGGGUUGUUAGAGAAGACGGUUGAGGUUUUUGUUUCGAUGAUUAGGCGGUUUGAUUGUGUGCCGGAUGCGUAUUCGUUUAGUUGUGUGAUGAAGGCAUGUGCCGGUAUUAAAAACGUUAACUUGGCUAAGCAAGUUCAUGGUUUAGCGAAAAAGUUCGAGUUUUUAGGUGACGAUUCGGUUGAAUCUUCGAUGGUUGACAUGUAUAUAAAGUGUGACAUGCCGGAUGUUGCUGAAUCUAUAUUUGUCAAAAUGAAAAACCCGAAUAUGUUUUCAUGGAACUCCAUGAUUUACGGUUACUCUAAGCUCUACGGUGCUCAGAGUGCGUUGAAACUGUUCGAUCAAAUGCCUAAAAGAGAUGUCGUUUCGUGGAACAUGAUCAUUUCGAUACUGUCUAAGCACGGAAACGUCAUGAAAACACUCGAUAUGUUCAUCGAGAUGUGUCGUCAGGGUUUCAGACCGAAUUCCAUGACGUACGCGAGUGUCCUCAGUGCUUCAACUAGCAUAUACGAACUCACCUGGGGGGCCCACUUACACGCGCGAAUCAUCCGACUACAUCAAAACAUCGAUGUGUACGUCGGCAGCGGUUUAAUUGACUUGUACGCUAAAUGCGGGCGCUUCGAAAAAGCACGUAAAGUAUUUAAAGAAAUAAAAGAUCACAACGUAGUAUCGUGGACUUCGCUCAUCGGGGGAGCGGUACAUUGCGGCAACGAAGCCGACGCAUUUUCAUUGUUUAAACAAAUGAAAGAGGUACCCGUCGCCUCUGAUCAGUUCACGUUAGCAACGGUUCUUGGAGCUUGUUGCGCGUUAAAAGAUUUAAAUCCCGGAACACAAAUCCACGCGUAUUCAAUCCGAAUUGGUAUGGAUCCUUCCAUCCCCGUAGCUAAUGCGUUAAUUACAAUGUACGCUAAAUGUAGCGACAUUCGGAGUGCAAAUAGCGUGUUUGAAUCGAUGUCGCAUAGAGAUAUCAUAUCAUGGACAACGAUGAUCACGUCGUUCUCUCAAAACGGAAACAUUGAGAAAGCCCGAAAAUAUUUCGAUAAAAUGCCCGAACGGAACGUUGUAUCGUGGAACUCAAUGUUAGCGGGAUACGUAAAUCAUGGAUUUUGGGAAGACGGUCUGAAGAUCUAUGUUUUAAUGAGACAACAAGGAGUCAAACCCGAUUGUAUUACUUUCGUAAGUUCGAUCGGCGCGUGUGCGAAUGCAGCCGUACAAAAUCUCGGUACCCAAAUCGUUUGUCAAGCUGAAAAAUUCGGUUUCGGUUCUGAUAUUUCAGUAAAGAACAGUAUUAUAACCAUGUAUUCAAAAUGUGGGCGUAUUAACGAUGCGGAGAAAACGUUUGAUUCGAUAGCUACUAAGAAUUUGAUUUCGUGGAACGCGAUGAUGGCGGGGUACGCUCAAAGUGGUCAUGGUAAUCAAGUGAUAGAUACGUUUGAGAAAAUGAUCGGGUCAGGGAUGAUUCCGGAUCAUAUAAGUUACGUAUCGGUUCUGUCAGGUUGCAGCCACGCGGGUUUGGUAUCCGAAGGUCAACGCUACUUCGAUAUGUUGAUUAACGAUCAUGAAAUUAUUCCAACGUGUGAGCAUUACGCGUGUGUGGUGGAUUUAUACGGGCGUGCCGGGCUCGUCGAUAAGGCGAAAGAUUUAAUCGAUGAAAUGCCGAUGGAACCAAACGCUGCGGUGUGGGGAGCUUUGCUUGGUGCGUGCAGGAUUCAUCGGAAUUCAACAAUGGCGGAAACCGCUUUGAAGAAUCUCGUUGAAUUAGAUGCAGAAGAUUCCGGAAGUUAUGUUCUGUUAGCGAAUCUUUAUACAGAUUCCGGGAAUUUAGAAAACGUGUCAAAUGUUCGACGAAUUAUGAAAGAUAAAGGAAUAAGGAAGAAUCCGGGUUGUAGUUGGAUUGAGGUGGAUAACAGAGUGCAUGUUUUUACGGUUGAUGAUACUAAUCAUCCGAGAAUUAAUGAUGUUUAUAACGCGUUAAGGGAGAUUAUUAGGAAGAUAGAAGAGACGGGAAUGUAUGUUAAGGAAGACGGUUUUGGUAGCAAGGAUAGCGCGUAUCAUAGUGAGAAACUGGCGUUGGCGUUUGGGUUGAUGAGUUUGCCUGCUUGGAUGCCUAUUCAUAUAAUGAAGAAUCUUAGAAUAUGUGACGAUUGUCAUUUGGUGAUGAAGUUGGCGUCUCGGGUUACUUCGAGGGAACUUGUGAUUCGAGAUGCGAAUCGCUUUCAUCGUUUUAAGGAUGGGGGUUGCUCGUGUCGGGAUUAUUGGUAACUUAUGUUGUUUAUGUUAGAAUCCUUUACCUGUAAACUGUAUCUAUACCAACGGGGGUGGUCCAUUGGGAAAAGCAAUGCCUUUAAACACCUUGGGAGGGGGAGGUCUUGGGUUCGAGUCCCACAGACGACAAGAGUAAAGAAAUUUGCCGUUCAAAAAAAGAAAAAAAGAACUCACAAUAUCUGACCAAUGUUAUGGUAACAGCGUAUUAAUAAUAGCAAGUUACAUUUGUUUA